AUGGCCUGGUCGGGGAACCAGACGCUCAUCUCCCACUUCGUGCUCCUGGGGCUCUUUGCCCACUCGCCGCCGCAUCUGCUCAUCUUCUCCACCCUCAUGGUCAUGUUCGCGGCGGCUCUCUGUGGCAACGGGCUCCUGGUGCUGCUCAUCAGCAUGGACGCACGCCUGCACAGCCCUAUGUACUUCUUCCUCUGCUGGCUGUCGCUCACCGACCUCCUGCUCGCCUGCACCGUGGCGCCGCGCAUGGCCGUAGACGUCCUUCGGGGCGGGGGCACCAUCUCCUUCACUGGCUGUGGGCUCCAGAUCCUCUUCUUCCUGACGCUGCUGGGGGACGAGUGUUUCCUGCUGGCCUUCAUGGCCUACGACCGCUACGUGGCCGUCAGCGACCCCCUGCGGUACUCGGCGGUCAUGAGCCGCCGCGUGUGCUGGCUCAUGGUUGUGGGGUCCUGGCUCUUCGGCCUGGUGGAUGGGCUGAUCCAGGCCAUCUUCACCCUCCUCUUCCCCUACUGUGGCCCGCAGGAGAUCGACCACUUCUUCUGUGAGGUCCCCGCCGUGCUCAAGUUGGCUUGCGCAGACACAUCGCUGUAUGAAACCAUGAUUUAUGUGUGCUGCGUGCUAAUGCUGCUGCUGCCCUUUUCUGCCAUCUCCGCCUCCUACCUACGCAUCCUGGCCGCCGUGCUGAGCAUGCGCUCGGCACAGGGCCGACAGAAGGCCUUUGCCACCUGCUCCUCGCACAUGCUAGUGGUCUCGCUCUUCUACGGCGCUGCCAUGGUUACCUACAUGCGACCCCAGGCCUACCACUCUGCCCAGCAGGACAAAAUGGUCUCGGCCUUCUACACCAUGGUCACCCCAAUGCUCAACCCUCUCAUCUACAGUCUGAGGAACAAGGUAGUGGCGGGAGCUCUGAGGAAGCUCCUGAGCAGGUGUUCCUGUGGCAGAGGAUCGGGCUAG